GCCGCGUACCGGCGGCAGGAGAUCUUCAUCCGCAGCACAGAUUACGAUCGGACGUUGAUGAGCGCGGAGGCCAAUCUGGCAGGCCUGUAUCCCCCAGGGAGACAACAGAUGUUCAACCCUAACAUUUCCUGGCAGCCUAUCCCCGUACACACAGUGCCUGAGUCCGGGGAAAGGCUACUGAAGUUUCCACUGAACCCCUGCCCACGGUACGAACAACUACAGAACGAAACACGGAACUCGGCAGAAUACAUAAAUAAGACCAGAGAGAAUUUGCAAUUCCUGCAGAUGGUGGCAAAUGAGACUGGGAUUCGGGAUGUCUCUCUCGAGACUGUCUGGAGUGUGUAUGACACACUGUUCUGCGAACAAGCACACAAAAUGGAUUUGCCAUCAUGGGUGACGCCAGAUGUCAUGUCUCAAUUGAAGCAGCUGAAAGACUUUGGCUUUGAAUUUCUGUUUGGAAUCCACCAUCGGGUAGAAAAAGCUCGUUUACAAGGCGGGGUCCUGCUGGAUCACAUUAGGAAAAACCUAACCAAAGCAGCAAAUGCCUCUGCCCACCAGCACCUGAAACUUCUUGCCUAUUCAGCGCAUGACACCACACUUGUGGCACUGCAGAUGGCUCUAGAUGUCUACAACAAGAUUCAAGCACCAUACGCCUCAUGUCAUUUAUUUGAGCUGUACCAAGAGGAUGAUGGUGACUUCUCUGUGGAGAUGUUUUUCCGGAAUGAGAGCGGAAAGGAACCUUUCCCACUGACAAUCCCUGGCUGUCAGCACAAAUGUCCCCUGCAUAAAUUCUUGGAACUCACAGAUCCCGUUGUGCCUCAGAACUGGGAGCAAGAAUGUCAGGUAGCAAGCAGCAUGCAAGACACAGGACUGUUUGUGGGUCUGGCUGUGUGUGGAUCCGUUCUCCUUCUCCUUAUAAUCCUCCUCUUGACUGUACUCAUUCGCAUACAGUCUCAGCCCCCUGGCUACCGGCACGUUUCCAAUGAGGGAGAAGAGCAGGCCUGACAGUUGCUUCAACUGCUUCCCAGGCAGUAGUGGGGAGCAGUGCUGCCCCUAAGGAUGAUUGGGCACCUUCAGUAACUGAGCAUUCUUCUGCUUUGCCCAUUGCUUCCCCGAAUGAAGCUGGACUCUGAUUUUUGGACUUUUUCUAAAGGUGAUGGCCCAGAGGACUGACCUAUUCUAAUAGAAGUGAUGCAUUUUAAUUCUGAGAAGCCAGGGUACUGUGUGGUGCCUCCAGCCCACACACAAUCAGCCUGGGAUUCUCACCAAGGCCAGUUAGAGCAGCUGCUCCUCAUGAAGAAUUUUCCUCCUUUCAGUGAUUGUAAAUGUUACCACUCACCCUUACUGUGGCAGAGGGACUUGGGCCUCCAGAAGGUGCUACAUCAAGCACCAUUAAGAAUUACAUCUCUCUUCAGGGUCAACCUGCUUUGUGCGCUUUUCUCUCAAGUCCUUGGAUUCAUGGUGGUGGGAAGGCUGGGCUGGGAGCAGAAGGCCCAGCUCCCCCAUGAUGCACAGAGACCCAUCUGCUGGCCAUGCAGAGGGAGCUGCUGCAGAGAUGGCAGGUGGUGAAAAGUGUUUCUUGAGGCUGCUGCUAAGUAGUUGUUCAUGGUCUCCUUUUCCCCUUGUCGAAGUGUAGUUCAAGAGAGAACUGGCCCGUAAUCAGGACAGGACUGCAAACCUGGCAGUAGUUUCUAGCAUUCAGCUCAAAGUAGGUUACGUAUGAUCCACAGAGUAAAGAGCUUCAUAAAGGAGAUGAAUUCCUGUAGUCACAGUGAACCCCAUUUCUUGUGCAGUGGUGGCUCUAGAAAGGAGGGAGUCCUUGUAGAUAGGAAACAUUUUCUAUGUUGCUAAAGAUUCUUUCUAAAGAAUUCUAAAGUUUCUUUUCUAAAGAUUCAGUCUCUGAAUUUGACCUCUGUGCUUCAAGUACCUAUUACAGGGGAGGUCCAGAUUUCAGCUGGAGCCCAAGGAACAUGCUUUACUGGCAGAAAGUUUUUAUGCUGUAAUUAAAGAGAUGUAGCAGAGCUGUUUACCUAAGACUAGGCUGAAUGGCAACUUCCAUAGUUUUUUCUUCCCAUCCUCCCUACUGGACAGCCUUACCCAGAAAAAAAUGGAAAAAUAAAAUAAAAUCAGACUUCGCAGGUAAAUAUGGGCCCCUUCAUCUGCCACACUUUAGCAUUUUAUCCAGAAUGUGAUUCUUUCUCCCAGCAAGCUGGAUGGAAGCCACAGACCUCUCUCACCUGUCCCUGUGAUUCCGAGUUGAAAGGACAAAUGGUCUCUUCCUUGACAGAACCACAGGAUCAGAUCUGAAGUCCUUCGUUAGCAGAUAGGUGAAACCUUACUGUGUUUGGUUGGAGAGCAGGGAGUUGAGAAACUUUGUACUACUUAGCCAGCUUCAUCUGUAAGAAAAUACAGACUUGGAUCUCAAAGUGAGGGCAAGAUGACCCAGGCCUGCAGGAUGUGUCAGAAGAUUAGGUGAGGAAAUCAUGCUAUGCAGAUGUGCUUGGAUGUGUAACCGACUACGCUCAGUGUGCAGGCCUAAGUUGAAAGAAUAAGAUCAGAAAAAAGGAGAUGGCCUGAGCGUAUGCAAGGACUGGGUUCAACCAAAGAACACGGUGAGGAAGUCUACUGAUGACCACCAGAGACCCCCGGAAAGACCAUGGGUGGAAACAAAUGCAGAUGCAUCAGAGAACUUUAAAGAUUUUAAUGAGUUAUGGGAAAUAGUAUGAAUAUGUUAUUAAUUGGAAAUCUCAUGAAUGCUUUUAAUUGUAUAUAACCCUGUAGCGUGAACAAUUUGGCAGGCACGCUAGGUGGAGCAAUCCCCUGUGCGUCCUGUGACAGUUAAAGAAUGCCUGCUUCCUCAAACUCCAAACUGAGUCGUAGAGGGCUUCUUUCACCAACUUUCAUGCUAUCACCCAAGGACAGAGCCCAGCUCCACACCCUCAACUGGAGGGCACAGGGUUGGCAUCUCCCCAGGCUGAGGCCAGAAACACAGCCGCUGCUGCUCUGCAUCAUCUCUUGUCAUGGGCUGUGCCUAAAUGCCACAGCCAAGGCUGCAGAAUACUGACAAUUCUGGAAAAUUCCAUUGGCCUCUGGCCUGGCCGUUACCAGCCGCCAUGGCAGCAGCACGGCCUGGGCCCAGCUGGAACCAGCGGCAGGCUGCCCGGCUGCGUCCUCCAUCUUGUCUCACUCUGUCCCCAGUGCCCGGGCAGUCUGGUUUUCACCGCUCAAAGCCUCUGCUUAUUUGGUUUUCUUGACCUCUGCAGGACUAAAGCAUUCCCCCUCUGGUUUCACAGACCUCCUCCUCUCCAACAAGCCCGUAUUGGCAAGAUAUUUCCUUUGGUCUUGUCCUGGAGUCACUUAGAAGUUUCCAUGCCCUUGGGCUCAUCCAGGUCCAGCUCUGGAAAGGGAUGGUGGUGUCCUUUGCUCAGCUGUGCCAAAAUGCCAACCAAGUACUACUGGGUCUAGUUUAGGUGGUUAUUUUCCAAGUUUGAGGAAUAAUGUGCAGGGAAGAAGAGUAGGAAUGGAGGCACAAAGGACUCUGGUUCUUAAGCUGCUGCUCUGUUAAAUGUGGCAGCUCCCAGCUAUUUCUCUGUGUGGAAGAACGACGGGUGAAUUGCCAGAUUGCUUUGAUUUCAGAAGCAGACGACUUCUGAUGAAAGCCAAUGGAACAGCCUGGUCUUCAUGAGGGUGGCCAUCUCAGUUUGCUUUAGCUGUUGUAAAUAAAGAUCUGGUUUUACAUUUUUUUGCCCA